CCGCCGCUUAACAGCUCGAGCACAUUAACUGUCGCCGUUAUCUGCUGUUUUCUUCGCCGUCAGUCAGACUAUCAGAGCGGGUUUGUGGCUGUCGUCUGUCGCAGCCAUGCACUGUCUGAGGGCGCUGCGUCUGCCAAACUCCGUACAGCUAAUCGUCAGAAAUACAGAUGCGGUGAAGAAGGUUUUCAUGAUCCAGCCAGCGUGUUGUCUGAGCUCUGAACCAACAGCCGCGUGCCAGCGACAACCGCCCCCACACCUGGAUCAUUCCCAUCUCAAAAUGAAUGUUCAUUCGAAGCCUCCCAGCUCUGGAGUGGAAAGCAUGCUUUUCUACACCAUUACAGAGGGAAAAGAGCAAGUCCCAAUCUCACACUUCACCUCAGCCCUGAAGAGAACUGGCCUUCAUCCAUCUGACCCUCGUCUAAAGGACUGCAUGGAGAAGCUUCGACGGGCUGUGAAGGAAUCUGCUGGUGAGGUGAUGAUGGACAGAGACCUUUUCCACAGAUGUGUUGGUGGAAACAUUGUCCUGCUGAUCCAGGCCUUCAGGAAGAAAUUUAUCAUCCCUGGGUUUGAUGUGUUUGCACAAAAAAUAAAUGAAAUCUACAACAGAGUGGAAAAGCAGAGUGAUGGGAAAGUUGCAGACUACAUCCCCCAGUUGGCCAAGUUUAACCCAGAACUGUGGGGUGUGUCUUUGUGUACAGUGGAUGGCCAGAGGCACUCGGUAGGUGACACUAAGCAGCCGUUCUGCCUGCAGUCCUGUGUGAAGCCCCUGCAGUAUGCCAUCGCCGUCCAUGAGGCAGGAACAGAGACGGUUCACCGUUAUGUCGGCAUGGAGCCCAGCGGGCUGAAGUUCAACAUGCUCUCACUAGAUGAUGAAGAUAAACCCCACAACCCAAUGGUGAAUGCUGGAGCCAUAGUGAUCAGCUCUCUUAUCAAGCCUCGUUCAAAUAAGGCAGAGAAGUUUGACUAUGUUAUGGAGUUUGUGAAGAAGAUGGCUGGGCAAGAAUAUGUUGGCUUCAGCAAUGCCACGUUCCAGUCAGAAAAAGAAACAGGCGACAGAAAUUUUGCCAUUGGAUACUACAUGAAAGAGAAGAAGUGUUUUCCUCCGGAGGCGGAUAUGAUUGAUGCCUUAGACUUCUACUUCCAGCUUUGUUCCAUUGAGGUGACCUGUGAAUCAGGGAGUAUCAUGGCUGCCACUCUGGCCAACGGUGGAAUAUGUCCAAUCACAGGCGAGCGUGUCCUGAGCGCCGAGGCGGUACGGAACACUUUGAGUCUCAUGCACUCAUGUGGCAUGUAUGACUUCUCUGGCCAGAUGGCUUUUCAUGUGGGCUUGCCUGCCAAAUCUGGUGUGUCUGGUGCAAUACUUCUGGUGAUCCCCAACGUCAUGGGAGUGAUGUGUUGGUCUCCUCCACUGGACAGAGUUGGAAACAGCGUCCGGGGAAUACAUUUCUGUCAGGAGCUUGUGUCGCUCUUCAAUUUCCACAAUUACGACAACCUGAGGCACUUUGUGAAGAAGCAGGACCCUCGCAGGCAGGAUGGGGAUGACAGGAACAAGUCUGUUUUCAACUUGAUGUUCGCUGCCUACAGUGGAGAUGUGUCAGCCCUGAGAAGGUUUGCUCUUUCAUCCAUGGACAUGGAUCUAAAAGACUAUGAUUCUCGAACAGCACUGCAUAUCGCUGCAGCAGAAGGUCACAUAGAUGUUGUGAAGUUUCUUACUGAAACUUGCAAAGUUGAUCCAUUUGUAGAAGACAGGUGGGGGAACUUACCAGUCGAUGACGCCACGCAGUUCGGACAUGAUGAGGUGGUGAAAGUGCUGAAAGAAUACCAGCAGGUCUGUAGGCAGCAGAAAACGCAUCACACUGAAGCUGGACAUUCCCCGAAGCUAGACACUAUCGAGGGUAUGGUGUGAUGUCUUAAUAGAGUCCCCAAAACUGACAUGUCGGGGCUUUUGUGCAAUCUGAGAAUCCUUUUUGUACCACAGAGAAAGAGUGCCAAACAGAACCAAAGUGGUCCACCUAUCCUUAUCUGUUCUAGCCUUUGGUUAGGCCACUCUAUAAAUUAAUUCUGCAAAGUGGUUAUUGCAGAACCAAAGCACUGAUUCAUUUGGUGAAAAGGAAAAUUGUAAAACCAUGCAAAUAUAGAGAGGGCAGCAUAAGCAGUAAAAAAUCAUAAAACAAUAGAGCAAUAACAAAUAAUCAUUGCAGGCUGAUGCUGCCUUUCAUGUAAUGGGAACAGUUUCAGCUUAAUUUCAGAUCAGCACUGGUGAAAUAUACUAUCAACAUCACACAUAAUGUUUAUGGUAUGAUAAGAUUUCUAUGGAGCAGAGCAUGUCAGCAGUGUUGAGGAGGGAUUUCAUAAACCCAGAGCGUGGACAGUUAUACUUUUAGUGCUUCCUCUAAAUUCAGAACUUUACAUUUUUUCUGUUAUCUGUUUUUAUUUUCUUAUUGUGCUGUGUUGAAAACCAUCCCCUUUUAAAUAUGGAAACCUAUCUAUAUAUUCGGAUGCAAAAACUCAAGUUUGUUCACAAUUCUACGUGAUCCCAGUUCUACUUAAUGUCAGAUUCAUUAUAUAUAUAUUUAGCUGUAAAUAAGUGUCCGGGGUUCCUGAUAUCAAAGUUCAUUGUUAUAGAGUAUUAUAAUAUUUAUAGACAUUUUAACUGCAUGAAAUUGAUGACGAAAUUCCCAAAGGUAAUUUAUUAUCUGGAAUGCUUUUGACAUUGAGGCCGUCCAUUAAACAUAUUUUAUUUAUCUGCCA